AUGCAGCACUACGGGGUCAACGGCUACUCCCUGCACGCCAUGAACUCCCUCAGCGCCAUGUAUAACCUCCACCAGCAGGCGGCGCAACAAGCCCAGCACGCCCCCGACUACCGGCCCUCGGUGCACGCCCUCACUUUGGCCGAAAGACUGGCUGACAUCAUCCUGGAGGCCCGCUACGGCUCACAGCACCGAAAGCAGCGACGCAGUAGGACGGCCUUCACCGCCCAGCAGCUGGAAGCUCUGGAGAAGACCUUCCAGAAGACGCACUACCCAGACGUAGUCAUGCGGGAGCGUCUGGCCAUGUGUACUAACCUGCCCGAGGCCCGAGUGCAGGUGUGGUUCAAGAACCGGAGGGCCAAGUUUCGCAAGAAGCAGCGCAGCCUGCAAAAGGAGCAGCUCCAGAAGCAGAAAGAGGCGUCAGGAACCGCCGAGGCCUCCGCCGAGGACACCAAGGCCGAGGUUACGCCUCCCGUGGACGCCCAGGCUACCCCGCCUCCUCCCUCCUCCGCCUCAUCUUGCCACUCCGAGUCGGACAGGCUAGCGGGGGCGGCGGCGGUGAGGUCUCACGAGCCCGGCGAGACGAGCGUGGAGGUGAAUGUCACCUCCCCCGAGCCAUCCGAUGGCGAGUCAGCGGCGGAGGACAAUUCGUACGCAGAGGAGGACAGAGUGAGGGGGGAGGCGAGGGGUAGGAAUAGGGAGGAGGCGCAAGGGCAUGGGGAGAUGCAGCCCGGUGGCAGCUCGCCGUCCUACAAGCAACUCAGCCCGACAUCAGACUCCGCCCUGAGCUCGCCCGCCCUGCCGUCCUCCAGCAGCAUGGCGAGCGGCCCGGCCCAAAGCAACUCGUACGCAUCGUCACCACUCAGCCUCUUCCGGCUGCAGGAGCAGUUCCGCCAGCACAUGGCGGCCACCAACAACCUGGUGCACUACCCGUCCUUCGACAUGAGCGCGCCAUCCUCGCUGCCCUACUUGGGCAUGAAUGUCAACAUGCCGGCCCCGCUGGGCUCGCUGCCCUGCCAGUCUUACUACCAGACGCUGUCUCAAGCCCAGCAGGUGUGGAACACCCCCCUGCUGCCGGGGGCCUCGGGCGGCCUUCCGGGAAGCCUCAAUAGCAAGACCACCAGUAUUGAAAACCUGCGGCUGAGAGCCAAGCAGCAUGCAGCCUCGCUGGGAUUGGACACGCUUCCCAACUGA